CAGAGCGAUGGACCACCCGUCGAUGCUGAUUGCGUUCGCCAGCCUGCACUGGAUCGCAUCGGCGUACGAGGUGGAUUUGCAUUGGUACGUGCACAAGGGAGAACGAUACGGCAACGUGUUGCGGGAGGAGCAGUUCUUCGAGUUCCCGGAAUGCAAGGCCGAAUGCAAGAAGCAGGACGGGCGGUGCCACGGCUUCAACUACAGGGAAUCGGACGGCACCUGCGAGCUGUUGCGCCCCGGGGGGAACAGGCUCAUUCCCGCGAACGGGUUCAAUUCGUAUGCUCGAUUCGCGUGCCUGACGGAGUACCCGAAGAUCGCGAAGGCGGAGGAGACCUUCGAGGGCUGGGACGGGGAAUACCCAGCCGCGGAAGGGGGGGUGGUCGUCUUCACCUGCCCUUAUCGCUUCACGGACGGAUAUGCGAAGCACGCGGCCAUCUGCUCCUGCGUGGAGCCGGACGUCUGGUGCACCACGUUCAAGCUGGACGUCCAAUGCAAUCCUGAGUCGAUGAAUCGAGCCACGUGCCAGACGGAGUACCCGACGAUCGCGAACGCGGUGGAGACCUUCGUCGGCUGGGACGGGGAAUACCCAGCCCCGCACGCUGGGAAGGUCGUCUUCACCUGCCCUUCCAACUUCACAGACGGAUUCUCGGAGCACGAGGCCACCUGUUCCUGCUCGGAGCCGGACGUCUGGUGCACCACGUUCAAUCUGGACGUCGAAUGCAAACCUGGGGUCCCGUGCCAGACGGAGUACCCGACGAUCGCGAACGCGGUGGAGACCUUCGUCGGCUGGGACGGGGAAUACCCAGCCCCGCCCGGUGGGAAGGUCAUCUUCACCUGCCCUACCACCUUCACGGACGGAUCCUCGGAGCACGAGGCCACCUGUUCCUGCCUCAAUCGGGAUUACUGGUGCACCACGUUCGCGCCGGAAGAAGUCGAAUGCAAACGCAAGGAUCUAGAAGCAAGGGAUCAUGGUGGGACAAUCACCAUAGCGAUGGACCACCCGUCGAUGCUGACCGCGUUCGCCUGCCUGCACUGGAUCGCAUCGGCGUACGAGGUGGAUUUGCAUUGGUACGUGCACAAGGGAGAACGAUAUGGCAACGUGUCGCGGGAGGAGCAGUUCUUCGAAUUCCCGGAAUGCAAGGCCGAAUGCAAGAAGCAGGACGGGCAAUGCCACGGCUUCAACUACAGGGAAUCGGACGGCACCUGCGAGCUGUUGCGCCCCGGGGGGAACAGGCUCAUUCCCGCGAACGGCUUCAAGGCGUAUGCCCGAUUCUCGUGCCUGACGGAGUACCCGAAGAUCGCGAAGGCGGUUGAGACCUUCGAGGGCUGGGACGGGAAAUACCCAGCCGCGGAAAGGGGGGUGGUCGUCUUCACCUGCCCUUAUCGCUUCACGGACGGAUAUGAGAAGCACGCGGCCAUCUGUUCCUGCGUGGAGCCGGACGUCUGGUGCACCACGUUCAAGCUGGACGUCGAAUGCAAGCCUGAGUAAGAAGAGGAGCCGGAGGAGCAAGAGGAGCCGGAGGAGCAAGAGGAGCCGGAGGAGAAAGAAAUGGAGUGGGAAGAACGACCGCCUCCUUUAUUUUUAAUCCAUUAG